AUGUCCGUACAGCCAUCUUCGACGGCGACCGGCACGGCGCCCAUCGAAGAACUUGAAUACUACCAUGGGUUGUUGCCACGCGAGGAUCUGCCGGCGUUGUUGAACAAAGAGGGCGACUACCUCCUCAGAUGUACCCAAGUGAAGACUGGCGAGGACCGGCGCACCAUUUUGUCGAUGGCAUUUGGCAGUGAUGGCAAGAUCAAGCACGGCCACUACAUCAUCACACAAGAAAAAGACCCGCCGAACCUGUUCACCAUCGACAAAACAAUCUGCAAGCCGACGAUUGACGAGCUCGUCCAAGAAUAUAAAGCCCUGGGAAUCCCGUUGAAGAAGGAGGUGCCGAAUACAACCCUCCUCCAUCCCGUCAAUCGACCCAAAUGGGAACUGCGCGCAGAUGCUGUCACCACGGGCAAGAAAUUGGGCGAUGGUGAAUUCGGUGAUGUUCUCCAGGGAAAACUGAAGCAGGAGGCGCUCCCGGAAAUUGACGUUGCCGUCAAGGUGGCCCGAAAUGACAGCAUCUCCAAGGAAAAGAUCAAAGAAGUAAUGAAGGAGGCGCGACUGAUGCGCGACAUUGACCAUCCGAACGUCGUCCGAAUCUUUGGCGUCGUCGUCGAGAAGGAUCCCCUGAUGAUCGUGAUGGAGCUGUCUGUACGCAUCCCGCCUGACCGUCGGUUGAUGUACAUCCAGGAUGCGGCUUGGGGUAUCGAGUACCUACAUCACAAGAAGAUCAUCCACCGCGAUCUGGCCGCCAGGAAUUGCCUCCUCGUCAAGCUGCCGAAUGGAGAUCAAAGCGUGAAAAUCUCGGAUUUUGGGCUGUCGCGCUUGGGCGACGCGUACGCCAUCAAGACGUCGCGCAAGGUGCCGAUCAGAUGGCUGGCACCGGAAACCGUCGUCAACUUCACCUACACCCAAAAAACGGACGUCUGGGCCUACGGAAUCCUAGUCUGGGAGGUGUACACCAAUGGGGACGAGCCGUAUGCUGGCGAGACGAACCAGAAGGUCAAGGAAAAGGUGCUGGCUGGGGAGCUGCUCACCUUCCCGUCGAUGGCCAGCAUCGAAGUGGUGAAUUUGAUCAAAGGGCACUGCUGGGACAAAGACGUCGGGCGACGGUACACCAUGGCUGAUGUGGCUCGCAAAUUGGAAGCGAUGAACAAUCGUCAACCGCCUGCCGUCCAAGCGACGAUCAGAAAGGCUGGAUCAUCAAACCAGGGCGUCGACGAAGCCCUUGCCGUCCCGCUUCCGGCCAUGAUGGCAGUGAUCCCUGUCCCACCAGCUGUACCGGCUGCAACCCCCAUCGCAGCGCCACCUCGCAAAACGGCCCCCACCAAGAAGCGCCACGGCAAGACGACCAAAAGCAACGAGAUGCGCACGGCGGACUCGGGCAAACGGAAGCGCAAACAU